CAGGGAAGUGGGAAGACGAAGGUGAAGUAAAUGGAUCGGAACACCUGGCUCAGACGUCACUCCGCCUCUCCACUUGGCCAACACAGCAGUAGUGUCUGGCUCAACAAGGAGUUAUUGUUGUAUAUUACGUUUCAGGCUCACACAGAAGGAAACAAAUCAGUGGAAUGGUAGCCUCACAGGAUGAAAUUUCAAUGGCGGUCUUUUGGGUACAAGUCCAAGGUAGUGGUGUUGUGCUCUGUUGCCAACUUCAUCAAUGCAGCAGACCGAGUCCUCAUGCCACUUGCCAUUGUUCCCAUGACCAAUGAGUACAAGUGGAGCCUUUAUUGGCAAGGCUGGAUCUUGUCUGCCUUUGCCUUUGGUUAUUUUACUAGCCAGAUCAUUGGAGCCAAUGCAGUGAACACAUAUGGUGGACGAAGAGUUUUAUGUUGUGCUGUGUUGCUGUGGUCACUGUCAACUGUCCUUACACCUGUAGCUGCUGUGUCUUUACCUGCCCUUAUUUGUGCAAGAGUUAUUCUGGGACUUGGAGAAGGGCUUGGUUUGCCAACAAUCUUUCAGUUGUUUGCUCAACAUGUGCCGGCUGAGGAGAGGAGUCGAGCCUUUGGGUACAUGGUUGCGGCUGGCUCUGUGGGCCAGACUUUUGCAUCACUGUUUGUGCCUCACAUAGAUUGGCACAUAAGUUUUGAGGUCUUUGGCUUGAUGGGCAUAAUAUGGGUAGUCUGUUGGCUCCUGACGUACCAUGACCCACCCAUGCUGGCUGAUGAGGAGGGGCAGCAGCUGCUGGAAAAGGAGGUGAUGUGUGUAACUUGGAGUGAAUGGAUAAGCCAUUGGUCUUUGUGGUCCAUAUACAUUGCACAUUUCGCAAUGAACUGGAGCAACUACAUCAUAAUGCAGUGGUUGCCGACCUAUCUAUCACGAACACUUGGGGCCAACAAGGAGAGUAUGAGCCUCACUGCCGUGCCUUAUAUCAUUAGUUCUCUCUGUGGUGUUGUUUGGGGCCACGUGGCGGACCAGUUGAUAUCAGUGGGGUGGCCAGUGCUGAGAGUGCGUCGCCUCAUGACCUUCUUUGGCCUCAUGGGACCAGGACUAUGCCUUGCACUUUUCCCAGAAGUUUCAAAUUUAGUAGUUGCAGUUUUAGUGAUAUCCAUGGCAAUGGGUCUGUGUGCAGCUAACUCUGCUGGCCACUUGAGUAACCAUGCUGAUGUUGCCCCUAAUCAUGCGGGCAUCACAUUUGCCAUAUCAAAUACAAUUGCAACAAUACCCGGCAUCCUGUGUGGCCCACUGACGGCUGAGCUGGUUGUUGCAUCUCAUGGCCGGUGGUUUCCAGUGUUCUUUUUGGCAGGAACUAUUAAUUUUACGGCUGCAAUGAUAUAUCACACACAGAGCUCUGCAAGGCCUAUUCUAUGACAUGAACACUUGAAUGAUGUGUUUGUAUGUAUGUGUGCGUGUGUGUUUGUGUCACUUUAUUGAUAUUUUCACCCUUAGGUGUAAGACAGUUCAUGGUUUUAAACAAAACAAUAAGCCAGCAUUCACUCCUGUCAGUGUUCUGUUAGUGGUAUUCCCAUGUAUACAUACUUCCAUGACUUAGGAAGACUGUCAUCCAGGUUUGUUGUAGACUUGUUCAGUAUCAGUAAUGAGGUAUUAGUGAUCAGCUAUUGGAGUCGUUAGCCUGUGGUGUAUAAAUCUACAUUCAUGUUUCUGAUAUCAUAUUAAGAAUGGAUCAUUAAAGUACUGUUUUUAAUCCUUUUUUUCACAGUGACAUUAGCAUUUCUCUCUCACGAAUAUCAUGUAGCUCAACUUUCCUCUCUCUCUCUCUCUCUCUCUCUCUCUCUCUCUCUCUCUCUCUCUCUCUCUCUCUCUCUCUCUCUCUCUCUCUCUCUCUCUCUCUCUCUCUCUCUCUCUCUCUCUCUCUCUCUCACACAGAACUGUGAUGAGACACUUGAACUCUCUCAGUAUUGUUAGCUCAUCAUUAAGCCUUAAGGUUUACUGCAGUGCUUUAUAUGAAUGACCUGUGUACCCUCUCAGAAUCAGUCGUGUCAUUCACGGCCUGCAUUUUUUGCCUGAUGAGACGUAUUGUGGGCUGUUAUGAAGUGCAAAAGACAGCAGCUACUCAAGUAACAAUAAAUAUGGAUGUCUUCCCUUAAAAGUGAGUGAAUUGAGGCAUCCAGGAAGUGCAAAAGUGUACAAAAUAUUAACGGUAUCCAAAAUGGUGCAGGGAUAUACAAAAUAUAGUGAGAAUUCAAACAGAUUCUAGGAAAGUGUAUUUGCCAAUAUUGUAUUUUUGUGGCCAUGUAUUGCUUUUGAGUAUAUAACAUCAGUGUUAAUGGCAUGUAAUGAACAAACUCAUUUUUGUAACCAAAAUAAUUUUUUAUAGAAAACUAGAAAAUAUGACUAUAAUGGAGA